AGUGCGUGUGUAAAUGAGAGUUUAACCCCUUCCUCCUCCUCCUCCUCUUCGGGAUUUUGUACAAUGCUGAAGAUUUUAACCAAGAAGUUACGGAACCAGAGCCUGAGCGAGAUCCAGCCCUACCAACUCAAGAUUUCAUACCCCCCGAGUGAUGAGGACGACAGCGAGGAUUCUGAAGGUGAAAACCUGGAACUUGCCCAAAUUGACAAAGAAAGAAAACGAAAUUGCAUCCUGACCCCUUUAGCCACCAAUCAGCAACAGAACCAAGAGAACCAGUGCUGCAAGGUGCGCUCCCUCUUCCACGCCGGCCUGGACCGCCACAGCUCGGAAGAAGAGCUGGAACGCAUCAGCAGGGAAUUCGCAGCCGAGAAACGCAAAUGGUCCCAGGUCAGCCGGCUCAGCUGCCAUAGUGACAACACAUCGUCCAGCGACGAGGAGGUGAAACACUUGUGCACCAUGUCCUGCCGGCCUGUUGAGCAGGUCGAGGGCCUCCGCGCGAGUCCCAGCCCCAUCUUGUUCAGCGCUUCCCCGCCUAAAAGACUACAGCCCCUUAGCCGAAACUCAGCCUCCCGCCCAAUUAUAUUCACAAGUAUGGGGUCCACGUUUGACCAAGGAAUGCCCUGCAAAAGACACAGACAAGGUUUUGGAGACAAGCAUAGCAGACCCAGCCUCGACCUGGAAAAGAUGCAACAGAAAAUGCUACUUAAGAAGAAUUGUGGAGCAAAGACUAGAGUUAUUAAAAUACGAAGUAUCGGCGGAGGUCGCCAGGCUCCACAUUACGUCUAUGACCCGGCGAUGUUUGCCUUCCGUUCCCUUAGCACCAUAAAGCCUAUUAGCCCAAUAGUACCUGUUGAAGAACCAUCUUGUGCCUACUAAAAUAAGCCUCGUGUAUUAAUCUCAGGAUCCUCGUCAUAGACCAAUCAGCCUUCAGCAGCUUAAAAUCUCACUAAAAAAGCACAAAAAAAAGCAAUAGCGCUCCUUCUGAAGACGUUCUUUCUUUCGCUGUUUAAUCUACUACCAGCACUGACACCCUGGAUGUACAGUCGUCAGGAGGACUUGAAGAGGAGAAUAUGAAAGGUUGAUAUUGAAGACAAGUGGCGGCAUUGACUAGCAGAAGCUUUAAGUCUUGAUUAGCGUAGGAGGACUCGGAUUUAAGCCUAGCUCUUGAUAGUUUUUGUUUAUGUAGUUUGGACACGAAAUAAAGACAUGUCAGUAGCUGCCUUUCUUUAUUACGAAGUAAGUUUUGAAGAAGAAAAUGAGCAAAAAAAAAAAAAAAAUCCAAAAAUAUUUAAAAGGUACAGCAAGAUAUUUGAAAAUGGACCACGGUCUUGAGAGGAAAAGCAAAGCUCCCGUCCAUCGUAUGAGCAACGUGGAUACCUACGCGUUCCGGUCCAAAGAAGUGUCUGGUGUUGGCAUUUU